CAGGAGUAGGCAAGGAGGAGUGGUCUGAAACAUGUGCUCACUGCUCGGCUCUAUUGUUGUUAUAAGUCUAGCAUUUCACAAAGAUGACCUUAGGAACAGAGCUGCUUUUGGGCUUACUCUAUCUUUGCAUGACUUGUGCCAUCCAAGAUAAUUUUGUCCAAGUGAUUGGACUCCUACACCAGUCUGUAGAACUACCUAGUAAACUGAGCCUCCCAUCUCCGUUACAAGAGAUUAAUUGGAAUUUUGAGAGCAAAGGAAAGUCAUACAAAGUUGCACAGUUCGAUAAUCAUCAAGCAAGGUUCUACAAAGAACAGUUUAAUGGACGGAUUAAAUUGCUUUAUGAUGGAACAACAUUACUUAUCGAGGAUCUCCGGAUGGAGGACAGUGGAAAUUAUACUGCCCAAUUUAUUCUCAAGAAAGAUGAUUAUUUUGAACGUUUUAUGCUCAUGGUAUAUGAACCUGUUCCAGACCCAUCUAUAAUGAUUGUAAUGGAGGAGAGGACCAGUAACUGGUGUAAUGCGACUCUUCAUUGUUCUGUACCAACAAACUCAUCACCGUUGAACUAUAACUGGAUAUACAAGAACACUGACUCUGUCUAUGAAGAGAGUGGAAAUACAAUUCACAUAUCACUGAACAACUCCUGGGACAUGGAGUUCCAGUGUAUAGUACACAAUCCUGCUGACCAGAAGAAUGUCUCCAAACAAGAAAUGUGUAAUGCACAAGAUAGUGUUGCAGUGAAACGCAUGUCAUACGUCAUCCUUAUUUCCUUGCUUCUGAUGCUGUUCAUAUUGCUUUUGGUGAUUUGGAAGAUAAGAAGAAAAGGGUCAUCAACGUUGACAGAGGAUGAUGGCCAGACACAAGUGGCAAUUUCUGAUCACCAACGCUAUGGUUCAUCUGAGGAAGAGGAAGAGCAUGGUAGAGAACAAAUUCAACAAGAAGCUGACACGUUGUAUUGUGAAGCAACCUUUCCCACUGACACUGAUAAUCCCAGCAUUCAGACAUUUGCUUGGCACGAAAGAAACAACCAUGUGAGUCCUCCCCCUCAAAAAUUUAAAACUCUUUAUACAAGCCUUCAAAGAAAAUAGAUGAGACGUUUCAUGGAUGUGAGUUUCAGCUAAAAGGUUGAAGUUUGAAGAUGACGAGCCUCCAAAUUCAAGGGACAGGUCGCAUUUGUGAAGAAGAAGGCCAUCUUGGAUUUUCCAGCAUGAAGGAUUUUGACAACUGUAAAAGCGUAAUAUUGAAGAAAAGUGUGUUAGGGCAAUUAAUAAGGUGAUGGACUUUGUUUAAUCAGGUACAUCAGAUAUCGUUCUUUUCCUUGAGCGGUCCUGUUAACGAUAACAGUGGUCUCCGCGGCGGAUUCGCCGUGAGAUCACCGUUAUCGGCGGUGGGAGAGG